CCAGUGCAGUCCCAGGACAAUGCAGGAUGGCAGCUGGUGCCAUUCGAGCCCACAGACACCAGCUUGCGGAUGCUACCGGGGACGGUCGUGCGCUCUUGGGACUCUGCUGGCAAGGAAACCCCAGCCUUGGUUCCCAUGCACAGCCUGCAGCACCGCUCCUGGCAGGAGCCUGCCCCAAGUGAGCAAGCGGAGGUGCGGCUCUUCCCACAGUCCAGGCCUGGCUUGAAGAGGCAGAAGAGGGACUGGGUCGUCCCUCCAAUCCGAGUCCCUGAGAACGAGCGCGGUCCAUUCCCCAAGACCCUGGUGCAGAUCAAAUCCAACAGGGACAAGGAAACCAAGAUCUUCUACAGCAUCACGGGGACGGGUGCGGACAAGCCCCCUGAGGGCAUCUUCAUCAUCGAGAAGGAGACGGGCUGGAUGAAGGUGACGCAGCCCCUGGACAGGGAGAACAUUGACAAAUACCAUCUCUCCUCCCACGCGGUGUCUGAGAACGGCAAGCCGGUGGAGGAGCCGAUGGACAUUAUCAUCACAGUGACCGACCAGAACGACAACAAGCCCCAGUUCACCCAGGAGGUCUUCAAGGGCUCUGUCCAGGAAGGCACCCUGCCAGGAACCCCCGUGAUGCAGGUGAACGCCACGGAUGCAGAUGAUGCCGUGGAGACCUACAAUGGGGUCAUCAAGUACUCCAUCCUGAGCCAGGAGCCCCUGGAGCCCCACGCCCAGAUGUUCACCAUCAACGGGGCCACGGGCGUGAUCAGUGUGAUCGCCAGCGGGCUGGACAGGGAGAGGGUGCGGGAGUACACGCUGACCGUGCAGGCUGCUGACAUGGAUGGAGAAGGCUUGACCACCACCGCCACAGCCCUGAUAGAGAUUGCCGACAUCAACGACAAUGCCCCCGAGUUUGACCCCAAGAUGUAUGCGGCAGAGGUGCCGGAGAACGUGGCGGGGUACGAGGUGCAGCGGCUGACGGUGAUGGACAUGGAUGCAAAGGGCACGUCGGCCUGGCGCGCCGUGUACUCCAUUGUGCGCGGCAACGAAGGUGGUGCCUUCUCCAUCUCCACCGACCCCGAGAGCAACGAGGGCAUCUUGCAGACUGCAAAGGGCUUGGACUAUGAGGCCAAGCAGCAGUUCACCCUGUAUGUGGCUGUGGCCAACGAGGACCCCCUGAUGGUGAAGCUCCCGACAUCCACAGCCACAGUGGUGGUGACGGUGCGGGACGUCAAUGAGGCCCCCAUCUUCAGCCCACCCGUGAAGAUGGCCCAGGUGCUAGAGGACAUGCCUGUGGGCCAGACCAUCGCCACCUACGCUGCCCAGGACCCCGACAGCUCCCAGAGCCAGAAGAUCAAGUACUCCAUCGGCAGCGACCCCGCGGGCUGGCUGGCCAUUGACCCGGACCACGGCAUCGUGACUGUGAAGGAGCCCCUGGACCGGGAGUCGGUGUUCGUGCAGGACAGCACCUACACGGCCAUUGUGCUGGCCGCGGAUGAUGGCACGCCGCCCGCUACCGGCACGGGCACCCUGCUCCUGACCCUGCUGGACGUGAACGACAACGGGCCAGAGCCGGAGCCGCGUGACUUUGUCGUGUGCAAUCGCAACCCAGAGCCGCAGGUCCUGAGCAUCGUGGACAAGGACCUGCCCCCCAACACCGGGCCCUUCCAGGCCGAGCUGAGCCACGGCUCUGGAGCGAGCUGGGCAGUGGAGAUGAACAGUAAAGGGGAUGCUGUGACUGUGCGGCUGACGGAGCCGCUGAAGCAGGACGUGUACAAGGUCUUCCUGCGGCUGGUGGACAACCAGGGCAAGGACCAGCUGACGGUGCUGCAAGCCAAGGUGUGCGAGUGCGAGGGGCACACGGAGGAGGGAUGCCCUCACACAGAGGCGGUUUUCUCGGGCGUCCCCAUCAUCCUGGCCAUCCUGGGAGCCCUUCUGGUCCUGCUGGUCAUCCUGCUGCUGCUGCUCCUGGUGCGGAGGAGGAGGAAGUCAGGGAAGGAGCCCCUGCUGCUCCCGGAGGACGACACGCGGGACAACAUCUUCUACUAUGGAGAAGAGGGCGGGGGCGAGGAGGACCAGGACUACGACCUCAGCCAGCUGCACCGGGGCCUGGAUGCCCGCCCCGAGGUCAUCCUCCGCAAUGACGUGGCGCCCACCCUGUUGCCAGCCCCGCACUACCGGCCACGCCCGGCCAACCCCAACGAGAUCGGCAACUUCAUCGACGAGAACCUGAAGGCGGCCGACACGGACCCCACGGCGCCGCCCUACGACUCCCUGCUUGUGUUCGACUACGAGGGCAGCGGCUCUGAGGCCGCCUCGCUCAGCUCCCUCGACUCCGCCAACUCCGACCGCGACCAGGACUACGACUACCUGCACGACUGGGGCAGCCGCUUCAAGAAGCUGGCCGAUAUGUACGGGGGCGGCGAGGACUGAGGGCCCCGCGUGUGCCUUGCACGGAGCAACGUGUGUGGAAGCUGGACGCCAGCCCCAUGUAGCUGGGUCCCCGUGCAGGAGACCCCGCGGGGGGGCUGUUGUCCCAGACCCUUGCAGGGCUGAACCCACUGCUUCUCCGACCUGUAGCUCUCUGCCUUAAGCUGCUGGUGCCUUCUGGACGUGCAGACGCACGGACCCAUCCCCUGUGGAGCUAGGAGCCCGUAUCCCCCAUGGCCAGCGGCUCUUGGCUUCUCCGCCUGGGCCAGCUGGCCCCCCGUGCCUGCGGCUGGGCCUGUGCUCAAAUUGGCCUUGCACAUGCCGCCGCCGACUCGAUCUAACCAUUCCCUGCACCAUCCGAUAGCU